CUCUCACCUUGUUCGUCCAGAUUGAGGUUAUCGAGAAUACAACCACUUUGAGGAAGCGACGACCGAGUGAGUCUAGAGCAUUCUGAUCAGGAGACCUCAAACAAAGAACGGCACACACCUUUAUAACUGUCAACGAUGUCGACACCAGGUGGACCAAUGCAGCCCAGUCAUGGCCCUUAUCUUCCAACUACCGCGGGUUUGGGCGGUAUGCCAACAAAAGGGCUCGAUGUUCCAAUUACUUCAGUCUUCCUGGUCCUCUUUGUUCUUGGGGCCGUCACUCACAUGACGAUUCUCCAAAUCAACCUGCGUCGAGGACAUAAGUUUAUCAUGUCCGGUCUACUCUUCGGUUUCUGCAUGGCAAGAAUCAUGACCUGCACUAUGCGCUUGGUCUGGAGUACCUAUCUCACGAACAUCUCGGUCGCUAUCGCCGCCCAGAUUUUCGUAGCUGCUGGCGUCUUGAUACUGUUCAUCGUCAACCUGAUAUUUACUCAGCGAAUCAUUCGAGCAACGCAUCCACACCUGGGUUGGGCCAAGACGUUUUCCUGGGCAUUCAAGAUCUACUAUGCUUGCAUCAUUGGGCUGCUCAUUGCACUCAUCACAUGCACCGUAGAUUCUUUCUACACCCUCAACAAAAGCAGUCGUCGAGCCGAUAGGGAUGUUCAACUUCUUGGUUCGACAUUCUUCGCUGUCGCCGCCUUCCUCCCGAUACCACUUGUCCUCGGCAGCAUUAUCAUACCGAAGAAGACUCGCGUCGAAAAGUUUGGAUCGGGAAGAUUCAGGACCAAGAUUUACGUUUUGCUCUUCUCAUCCUUUAUUCUUUCUCUUGGAGCAUUUUUCCGUGCCGGUACUGCGUAUGUGCCACGCCCAAGAAACGAUCCCGCUUGGUACGAUUCGAAAGCUUGCUUCUAUCUCUUCAACUUCACCAUUGAGAUCAUUGUGGUAGCUCUGUACGCUGUUAUUCGUGUCGAUAAGCGCUUCCACGUCCCUGACAAGAGCCACGGCCCUGGUGACUACUCUCGCACCGCGCCUGCACAGGAAGCAGGGGAGCAAGAACCUGAGAUGGAGAAGAGAUCUAGCCUAGCUGACAGAGUACUGAGUGAAGAACAGGUGUUUGACGACGAUGAGGAGACACAAGUAGGAAGUCCAGCCGAGAGACAGACAGAUGUCGAGGUUGGACUGACCAAGCCUGAACCCACGCAAUGAGAUUUGGUCGUUGUGAUCUUGAUUUCCAGCGUAACAACGAUCUUUAGAUGCACAGUACUUACGAGCGUUUCCUGUCAGAAUACCCAUGCGAGAAUAUCCUCGCUCUUGCCAGGCAUUUGUUUGUACGAUAGUUGCUAAUAAUAAUGAGCUUUUCGUGUUGAAUAACAAAUCCUUCGUGAAUCGUGAUCAUGUAUGUAAAGUUUGCGCUUGCCUCGAGUAUCGAACGAAUGUCAAUUACUCAAG